CCACCUGCACCCCUACCAGAGGAAAUACCAUAGCUUUAGUAGCAACGUUCUUUGGAUACAUUCCAGAUUGUAAGCAGAAUCCUUUCUGUCUGCUAAAGCUAAAGAAAGGCCAGGACUGAAAUCCCAAAGUUUUUUCCCUUUCAGCUCUAUCAACACCCUAUCCAGAUAUAUCUCCAAAUCAUCAUUUGUAAUCUUAUCUUCUACUUCUCCUCCAAAUCCUUGAAUGGAGAUCAUUUCCAAUUCCAUUUCCACAUAGCCAUCUGAUUCCUUCAGUUUGCUUAUUUCUUGAUCCAGUCCUGCCACUUUUCAUCAGUUUGUUCUGGAGUCUCUGUGCAUGCUUCAUUUCCAUUUUUACCUCCAUAAGCCUGUUUCUCCUCUAGCUUAUUAUUCCCAUCGUUAUCUUCAUCCUCAUCAAACAUUGUUCUGAACAUUUUUAGCUCUUCAACAGACACCUGUCAAUGGGACCUUUGUUCUAAUUUUGUGUUUGCCCAGAAAGGUGAAACUGUUUGCUGCUGCCCAUCUCUACUGCCUGGUAUUGCCAUGACCUGGAGGCAAAGGACCUGACAAAUCAAAGCAAAGCAUGGUGAUGAUCUCACCGCAUGCUUUUUCUGAGCCUCCCAGCAGUGAGCAACCACAGAACAUUACGCUGUCUGAACCAGCAUCAUCAGCUUAAGGCCGAGGAAGCUGCCAGACAGCUCAAGAGAUUAUGAGAAACACCUGAGCUUUAAUUACCUACAAUUAGAGUUUGGAAUCAGAGGCAGUAAGCUAGGAGAUAAGAAAGGCCUUGUACGUAUGUCACUUUUAAGUAAGUUCUGAACUCCAUAUCCCUAUAUGCAUAUGUAUAGACUGUGGGUCCCCCCCCCAAUGUUUUAUCACCAAACAAGCAGCUUAGGAAGGAGUUCCUGUUAAGGAUGAGCCAAACAGAAAGGCAACAAAGUGCCCUGCUUCCUCAACCUCUUAGCAAGCAUUUAUUAUCAAUGUAUGUGGAUAGAGGUGCUCUGAUAGACAUGAUGUACUGAAACUGGCAUAAAGCUUUGACAAUGUCCAUUGCCAAAGUCCAUUGCCAAACAAACUUUGCAGCCAUGGGAAAAGUAGACAGUUCCUCUUCUGAGUGGGUAACUAAUUAAAGAACAGGAAGCAGUGAUUAAGAGGGACGGUGCACAGUUUUUACAACAGAGGAAACUAAAUUCUGGAUUUCCUAAGGACUUUUACUGGAAGCAGGGACCAUAAUUUUUUCACAAAUACCUGGAGAGUGGUGCCAAGUGUGAGUAAUUAACUAGAAGCUAUGGGAGAUCUUGAACACAUGUCACUGAAUGUUUGCAGAGGACAUCAAAGUUACUCAGGAUGGUGCAUCUCAAAGCAAACUUUGAAGAGAUCCUAACUGAUUUCUCUAAAAUGGGUGAAUGGAUAAGAAGAAUGGCAGGUGAGAGUCAGUUGAUCUGAUUAACAGUAGAGGUUUUCAGACUUCUUCAGUGGGGCCACAGAGUUUCUCAGAAGCUUACCAGGAUGGCUUCUAUUAGAAAACCAAGAAUAGUGGAUAAGCUUCUGUACCACACUUGGUCUUCCCCAAGACUACACAGCCAUAGGAGAAUGUGUGGUGUAUUCAACACGGCACCCUCAGCUUAUGCACAAUUAAUGGUGAGGCGCACUGUUCCUAGUCAGCUGUGCCCUGUGUGAAAAACUGCUUGUGGUCUACAGGAAAAGCUCCAGACUUCUCUGCAGCACACAAAGCUCAGUAGGAUAAAUAACUUUUUAUAUGGAAAGCAGGAAGUGUGAAGACCACUGAGCUAAAGCAAAUAACUCCGCCUGAACGGUAUUGUUUUGUCUGCUUGAGUUUGGUGCAAAAUAUGAGCUGCUUUGUUUGUAUAAGGCUGGUGUUGGGUAUAGAGUUGUGAGUAUAGUAAAUUCAGUUAACCUGAAUUUAAACAUGUACAUUCCAGAAUACUUUAAUCAGGAUGAAGUCUUAGCUCAUCUUCUUUUUCAUCAUAGAUUCAAAAUAUGUCAGACAUAAAGGAGUCCCUCUCAAGCUGUUUUGAUUGGAUAACAGCUGGUGAGGUGUGUUUUCUGGGUGUUGCUAAGGUAAUAGUAAUAAUUAUAAUGCUAACAAAUUCUUUGCAAGUAUUCUAAUUGGGCUAAGGUGAGUGGGAACAUGCCCAUUUCAUUCUGGAACGUGGCACAGGUUUAAUAAAAGUGGUGUUACCUGAGGGUAAAACCAGCUACUUAAUGAAGUUGUGUUUUACAUUAAUGAGUUUACAGAACAAGCCCUGCGGUGAGUCUGGCCUUGGGCUUGCCCUGUAAGCGAUUUUAAUGCGGAAGAUCAAUAAUUAAAUUGUUCUUUCUGUCCUCCUGCCACCCACCCCACUCCCUCUUGGCCUGCUGCCAGGGGCUUUGGCUGCUGUGUUCUGCAGAGAUCCGCCCCUACGAAUGGCUAAGAAGAAACUGUUAAGUGUCUCCCUGAACUGUACAUGGGCUGGGCCCUCUUUUUUUUUUUAUUUGCAAGGUGAGUCAGACUGAAGGCAAGUUCUCUUAUUCCUGUCUAGAGUGAUUCAGGCAGAGGAGGUGAUAAAAAGCACCUGGAACAAGAAACAGCGGCCCAGGUGGAAUUGUCCGCAGCUGCACGUCCACCACCACACAGCUUUGUCCCUUGAUCUUGAGGCUUUUGCUUGGAAGAGUUGGAUCUGAGCACUUUCUGGGCAACGCAGCCCUCCGAACUUCCCUGGAAUGCCUCAGCACUGGCUGGUGACUGUCAGCUGCCUUGCAAUCACUCUCCUCCUCCCGUCAGCUGUUGGCAUUCAAAGAAGAGAAGCCUGCCAUUGCAAUGGGAAAUCCAGGCAGUGCAUGUUCGACAUGGAGCUGCUCAGACGAACAGGAAAUGGAUACCGGUGCCUCAACUGUGCCGAAAACACAGAGGGAAAUAAUUGUGAGCGGUGUAAGGAGGGCUUCUAUCGCCAGGAACCUCGAGGACGUUGUGUAUCCUGCAGCUGCAACCCCAAAGGUUCUUUCAGUGUACAGUGUGAUAACCAGGGACGGUGCCACUGCAAACCUGGUGUGACAGGUGAUAAAUGUGACCGAUGCCAGCACAAUUUCCAUUCCUUCUCAGAAUCUGGCUGCAGAGCUGCUGGGCAAAUACAGAAUUGUGAUUGUGAUCCAGCUGGCAGCACGGGCCAGUGUGUUUCAGGACGUUGCAUCUGCAAGGCAGCUGUUGAAGGAGAGCGAUGUAGCAGUUGCAAGCAGGGCUAUUACAACCUAGAUGCCGGAAACCCAGAGGGCUGUUCUCAAUGCUUCUGUCAUGGGCACUCAACAGCAUGUUCCAGCGCAGAAAAUUAUAGCAUCCAUAAAAUCACCUCCACCUUCGAGCAAGGUGAUGAAGGUUGGCAAGCUCAAGGAAAUGGGUCUCCUUUGCAGCUCCAGUGGUCUUCACAUUAUAAAGAAGUUUAUGUGGCAGCAAGAAGGCCAGAUCCCAUCUAUUUCAUGGCUCCAGCCAGGUUCCUUGGGAACCAUCAACUGAGUUACGGCCAAGAGCUGUCUUUUGAUUAUCGUGUGAACCGACCUGGACGUCACCCUUCACAGCAUGAUGUAAUAUUGGAAGGAGCUGGUUUAAGAAUCACUGCCCCACUCAUGCCUAAUGGAAGGAUGUUGCCUUGUAAAGCCAGCAGGACCUAUACAUUCAGGUUGGAUGAGCACCCAAGCAGCAACUGGAGCCCUAGGCUGAGCGGCAAAGAGUAUCGCCAGUUAAUUGGGAACCUGACAGCUCUUCGGAUCAGAGCCACUUAUGGAGACAGCACAGGGUACCUCAGUAAUGUCCUUUUGGAUUCGGCACAGCCAACCUCUGGCACUCCAGCAUCCUGGGUGGAGCAAUGUGUCUGUCCAGUUGGCUACCAGGGGCAGUUCUGUGAGAAAUGUGCCCCAGGGUACAAGAGAGAGGAUCCUGCUGGACUCGGUGCUCUCAGCAACUGUGUGCUCUGCAGCUGCCAGGGAGGAGGAAUCUGUGACCCAGAUACUGGAGAAUGCUAUUCUGGAGAUGAAAGCAGUGCCACCUGCCCAACUGGUUUUUACAGCUUCCCCUGGAGCCCACAGAGCUGCCAGCCAUGCCCGUGCCAAGGUGGCCAAGGCUGUUCGGUGCUGCCAGGGACACAGGAAGUCAUUUGCAGUCAUUGCCUUCCAGGAGCCGGAGGCUCUCACUGUGAGCUUUGUACUGAUGGCUAUUUUGGCGACCCCUUGGGUCAGAACGGCCCGGCACGUCCCUGCCAACCAUGCCAGUGUAGCAGUGCUGACCCAAAUGCUUCUGGGAUUUGCAACCACUUGACAGGAGAGUGCAAGUGCAAGGACGGAUUCUUUGGAAAUCCUUUAUCCAUCAACCCAGCAGAGAAAUGCCGAGCUUGCAAUUGCAAUUCUGCAAGUUCUGAGCCAUCACGGUGCCACAGUGAUGGGAGCUGCAUUUGCAAGCCAGGGUUCGAAGGGCGGAGCUGCGAACACACCCGUUGCCCAGCCUGCUACAACCAAGUGAAGACUCAGGUAGACCAGUACCUCCAGCAACUGCAGGGCCUUGAAGUGCUGGUCUCUCAGGUUCUUACUGGUGGAGAGUCAAGAGAUAACGGAGAGCUGGAGAGGAAAAUGAAAGAGGCAGAGGAGAUGCUCCAGCAAGUCCUGCGGGAUGCCCAGAGCUUACAAGCUUCUGACAGGUCCUUGGGGAGCCGCCUGUCCAAGAUGAAAGUUCAAGAGUCCACCUACCGGACCCGGCUGGAAGAGAUCACGGAGACUGCCAACAGGUUGCAGUCUUUGGGUGGUCGGUACCAGAGCCAGGCAGAAAAUGCCAGGAAGCUUGUGGCAAGAGCUCGCUUGGAUUUGGAGCAGAGCAAGGCAAAGAUGGGAAGCGUGAUUAUUCCAUCUUUAGACCUCCCUGGAGGGUCAAACCAAUUUUUAAUCCUGGCACAAGAAGCCAUGAAGUUGGCAAACAGGCACAUGCAGCUGGCAGAUACUAUCGAGCUGGCAGCCAGGGCAGCGGCAGAAUCCUCAGAGCAGGCACUGGGAUUGCUGCAGUCAUCUGCGAGUGGAGGAGACAUCCUGGUGAACUCUGUGCCAGGGCUCCACAAAAAAUAUGAUGAGGUAAAGUUGCUCUCAAGCAAACUGGAGGCUGAUGCUGGCAAAGCUGUGUCUGAUGCUGACAGGGUCUACCAGAGUAGUCAGAUGGUGCUUGACUCUCUGGCUCGCCUACCAAAGGUCGACACAAGCUUCUUUCAGGAGGAAGCCGGUCAGCUCCGGAAGAAAGCAGAUUCCUUAACUGGCUUAGCGGGAAUGUACAUUGCAGAAUACAAGCAGCUCCAAGGCAACUCGGAGCGUUGGGAGGAAGAGAUCAAAGAGCUCUUGCAAAAAGGACAGAACGACAGACUGGUGUCUGUCCAACUGCUGUCUCGUGCCAACCUUGCCAAGAGUAAAGCUCAGCAGGCACUGAGUGCUGGCAAUGCCACCUUUGAUGAAGUGGACAGCAUCUUGAAGAAUCUCAAGGGGUUCGAUCUUCAAGUAGGGAACAAGCGAAAAGAAGCUGAAGACGCCAUGCAAAGGCUCCCGUUCAUCAGCAGCAUGGUCACCAGAGCCAGUGAAAAGACAAGCAUCGCAGAAGCAGCCCUGGGCACUGCAGCCACAGAAGCAGAGGCAGCCCUGAGAAUGGCUGGGGAAGCAAAGGAGAUUGCGGGGGACAUCGACCAGGAGAUAGGAAGGCUGGCCAUGGAAGCAAACAGGACAGCAGAUGGAGUAUUAGUCCUGGAGAAAGGAAUCAUUUCUUUGCGGGAUGAGGCUAGACGUGUGGAGAGCGAGUUACAAAGGAAGGAGUUGGAGGUUGGCAUGGAUACAACCAGAGCUCAGGAAGUUGGUCAGGCGUCACAGGGUGCCCAGGCAGACGCCACUGAUGCUGGGAGCACAGUCCAAGAAGUCCUCCGUGCCUUGGAAGAUGUUUUGCGCAUGAUGGACCAACCUGAGUUUGUGGAUGAGCAAGGUGUGAUCAUGCUUGAAACGAACCUAAGUAAAGUCAGAACAAGAAACAACCAGUUGAAAGAACUGAUGGCGCAACUGGAGGAAACAGCCAGGCGUCAGAAACUUCGGAUUCAGACACUGGAAUGGAGCAUUACUGAGAUCCUUGAUGAUAUCAAGAACCUGGAGGAAAUCCGGGAUAGUCUUCCCCCAAGUUGCUACAACAUACCACCCAUUGAGAAACCUUGAAGCCUUUGGAAGCUGGGACAGAAGACUUCCAUGUACUCUGCUAGAUCUUGGAUACACAAAGCAUCAGAGUUAGGCAAACGGUUUUGAGUGCUUCAAAAGACCCAAGCCUCUCAGGACUCAAAAAGCCACAUGUGACUGCUGAAUAGAUCUUUUUAAAGUUCCGUUCAUCAGGCUGGAAGAGCAGCCGCAUCAUUCUGGUUUAUGUUGCAGCUGUUCCACUUUGGUGCAUCAAGCAUGGAGACAUAAAGUUUAUCCUAGUUGUCCCACUCCUGGGAAGCCAGAGGGACACCUGCAGGCUGCACGACAAAGCAGCUGAAUUUAAAGAGACAUGAUUAUUGCUGAAUAUAUUAGGAGAAGGUAUGUGCCCUGGGUUAGUGUGUGGCCGCAGUUCAAAGCUCGGAGCCAGCAGCUGAAUCUGAACUCCCAACUACGUGUCCGCCAUCCUACCCUUCCUUUCUCCCAGCCUGAUCUAAUGUAAUAAGAUGGAAGUUAAACCCGGCUAAAUUAACUUAUGCUACAUUAAAACCUUUUUAUUACCAUGAAUUACUCUUAACUCUCACUCUCCCACUUAGCAUCUCGCAGGCUGCUUUUCCUUCUGAAAAUCUUUCUUAGCAUCUAAUGUUUCUUAACCUCAAGGAUGGGAUAAGUUUGGGCCACUGAGAGCUUGCAUAGGCCUAAAACUGGUUCAGUAGCAUUGCCUCACCACAGGAAUUCUGGGAAAUCAGUGAUAUCGAACAGCAUAUUCUCAAUACUCUAAUCAAACUACAGUUCCCAGAGUCCCUCAGAGUGUGUGGGGGGGGGGCAGGGGAAGCCCUGAGAGUUACUUGUAGAAAAUAAAUAUAGGCUUGUAGAAGCCUGUGGCAGCAAUGGUGAUUUAAUAUGUUCUUGCUUCAUUUCUCCUCCCUUUUUUUACAAUGAAAAUGGGGGGUGUCUCUAGUAGAUUAUCUACAACAAGCUCAAGAGUGUUUUGUUAACCUCAUGUGGCUAUAUAGUGAGAACCACCUACCUGGCCUUAGGCUAUAGCUUGGUAAAGGUGCCUAGCAGUGCAAGCCUAUAUAUACUCAUAAGAAAGUCCCACUGAAUGCAAUAGAACUU